GGGUUGGCUCGAACCCAGGCGCGUGGUUCCUUGGAACCCAGGCAUGGGGUUCCUUGGAACCCUGGCACUGGGUUUGAUCAAACCUUGGCGUUGGGUUCCUUGGAACCCAGGCCUGGGUUCGUUGGAACCUUGGCGCGGGGUUCGUUUGAACCUUGGCACUAGGUUCCUUGGAACCCAGCCACUAGGUUCAUUCGAACCCAGGUGUGGGGUUCCUGGUAACCUUGGCGUUGGGUGGAACCCAGGCCUGGGCACGGGGUUCCUCGGAACCCAGGCGUUGGGUUCUCGAACGAACCCAGGCGCAGGGUUUGUUGGAACCCUGGCGCUGGGUUCGUUGAAACCUAGCGCCUGGGUUCGAACAAACCCCGUGCUAGUUGUCUCGGAGGAGGCAAAGAGAGGGAAAAGAAGGAUGAAUGAAGAAGAUUCAAGAAAGAGGAUGUUGGAGGAAGAAGAUGAGGGUAAAAUUGUCAUUUUGCCCCUCCCCUUGCCACCUAUUCAUCUUCAGUCUUAUUUAUCAAAUCACUUCUCUAGCACUCCCUUAACCUCAACAAUCGCACCAUCUUCCUCAAUGAAAGUGAGUUCUUCGUCUCUAGUUUUGAACAUGCCCACCCUGAAAUUGAAGCUUACGACCUUCAGCACACCACCAAAACCUAAAUCAACCAUCACCACCAGUAGUACUCAUCGAGUCAAGGAUGUUACAUUGCCAGUAGUCACAGCCCCUCCUUCAUUGCCGACAUCCUCUGUUCCACAACUAGAGCCUUCCCCUAAUGUAGAAGUGCAAAAUCCAUCGCCCCUUAAAAGCUUUAAGGAUACUCUAGUCACUGGAUCUGUUCAAGCCAAUCAUCCUCUGUGUGAGAUUGAUAUGAUUGACUUAGGUUUGGGUUGCUAUACUGUGAAGUUUACCUCUAUGGAUGAUAGACAUCAGGCUCCAAAGAUUGCUAUAUGGGUACACUUUCCAAAACUGCCAACUGAGUAUUAUGAGGAACCAAUUCUUGGUUUGUUGGGGAAUAAAGUUGGUCGUACUAUCUCGGUAGAUGAAACUACCUUACUAGCCACCCACAGCCAAUAUGCAAAGGUGUGUGUAAAAGUUGAUUUAACUGAACAGUUGGUCUCGAUGAUAGAUUUCUAUCAUGGAGUAGACCUAACUCCCAUGCUUUUGACAGUAGCAUAUGAUCUGAAUAAUGUGUGUUUCCAUUGUGGUGAAUUUGGUCAUAAGAAGACGGUCUACCCUUAUCAACAACCUCUCGUGGUUGGUGACUUGCCAUCAGGAAUUGCACAGAAACCAGUUUUAGUGAAAUCUGCUAAUUUCGCCACUCCCGCCAAACCUUAUGGUUCUUGGAUGAUUAUAAGGGAUAAACCUCGAAGGCAAUCAAAUCAAAUCCCUAAAAUUCAAAUCUCUUUACUCAACGGUAAUUCAAGAGGUAAUAGAUUUGAAGCAAUCUUUAACUUGGAAAUGGAAUCUUCUUCAGUGGGAAAGGAUCUUGUCAUAGAGGUAACCCCACAUAAUGUGGUAGGAGAGGAGAUUUCAAACUCUAAAAAUCUAACUCAGGAAACCUUUAGAAUGGAGCUGGUGUUGAAGAAACCUACUCCACCUAAAAUUGUAAAAUGGGCUUGUUAGAAUAGAGGGCCAUUGUAAUC